GACACGAGGCGACACGAGACGCAUCACGUGGAGUUCCCUCCAACCCAACCGAAACCUUUUCAUUUCCUUGGCGCUCUCUCCCAUAUUUUUUCUUUAAGUGUCUCCAGACUUCAAACCUUCCCGUUCCCUUCUUCUCUACUCGCUCUUUGCAAAACCGCUUUCAACUUCUCUGGACUCUGGUUCUCUAAUGGCGUCCUCUUCAGGCGAUGAGAAACUUUGUCGUUUUCUUGAAGCGGCUUUGUGUGGAGAUCUUGAACUACUCAAGAGUUUCGCAAAUUAUCUUGAUAUGGGUGAUGGUUUGUUAGCGAGAAGAGUAGAGAGCAUCAAGGAUCGUAAUGGUCGAACCGCUUUGCAUUGCGCUGCUGAAAGAGGAAAUACUAAUGUGUGCAAUUAUCUUCUUGGCGAAGUGAAAAUCAACGUUAAUUUGAGAGAUCGAAAAGGGAAAACUCCUUUACAUUGUGCGAUUCUACAUGGUCGAUAUCACACUGCUGUCAGUCUUCUUGAGAACGGUGCAAAUCCCAAUGCAGCAACUGGACAAAAAUUUACUCCUUUACAUUAUGCUGCACAGAGAGGAUGUAGGAGAGUUUUACAACUUUUGAUUUCGAACGGUGCUGAAAUUGAUGCACAAGCAGAUUCUGGCACACCAUUACAGGAGGCAGCAAGCAGAGGCAUGACAGAGGCUGUUAAGAUUUUGUUGGAUAAUAAUGCUAAUCCAAAUAUGACAUUCCGUCAUUUGUUUUCUCCAUUGGUGAAGUCCAUCGAGGCUGGUUCCUUCGAAUGUGUGAAGCAACUUCUUAAGGCUGGAGCUGAUCCAAACAUGAGAACAGUAGGACCUACAUCUUUAGAAUAUGCAGCUUCUCUAGGAGAUGCAGAAAGUAUUAAAUACUUGUUGGAUGAGGGAGCAUUAACAAAUGUGACUAGUAAUUUGGGUCUAACACCAGUAGAAGUUGCUGCAAGAAACAGUCACCAUGAGGCUGUCAAGAUUCUUUUGCCAUUUACCUCUCCCAUUCCAUCAGUUGCAAAUUGGAGCUGCGCCGGUAUAAUGAAGCAUUUCCACUCCAUAGAAGUUGAAGCACAGUUGGAGCAGAGGAAAAAUAAACAAUUUUUACUGUUAAAAUCUAAGGGAAAUGAUGCAUUUAAGAGAGAGGACUAUAAUGAUGCGAUCUAUUGGUAUACCGAGGCCGAAUGGUUAAAACCCAUGGAUGCAGAAGUCAAGUCAAACCGGAGCUUGUGUUGGGCUCGCCUGAAUGAAGGAUAUCUUGCUCUAGCUGAUGGGCAGAGAUGCGUCUUGCUAAAACCUAAAUGGCCGAAGUCCCACUAUAGGGAAGGCAUGGGGUGGAAGUUACUGGAAGAUUUUGAGAAGGCAGCGUAUUCAUUUAAUAUUGGAUGGAGGUUGGACACGAAAAAUAAGGGCCUUUUAGAAGCAUAUCGGGACGCUAGCGCAAAGCAAAUUCAACAAGCUGCUGAUGCUGUUUUGGAGCUUUGCUUUGAAUGUUGAAAUUCAUGGGAAGCAUCCGCGUUCAAAUAGUCAAUUGGUAGCUGGGUGAUGCUCAAGUAUAGCUGUUGAUUUGUAGAUUGUUGUCAAAUAAAUUAUGAUUUCAACAAUAAA